AUGCGGCCACAAUUGUUCCGUGUCGCCGCCCGAUCGAGGAGAUGGACGACCCUUAACUACUCCCGUCCAUUCAGCACGACGGGUGCUAGGCAGGUGGAAGUCGAAGUCACAAUUGAUGGCAAGAAGGUAUCGAUAGAAGCUGGUUCGGCACUCAUCCAGGCCUGUGAGAAGGCUGGUUCUACAGUCCCUAGAUAUUGUUACCAUGAGAAACUAUUAAUUGCAGGAAAUUGCCGAAUGUGUCUUGUCGAAGUCGAAAGAGCCCCCAAGCCAGUCGCUUCAUGUGCGUGGCCCGUUCAGCCCGGAAUGGUGGUCAAGACGAACUCCCCUCUAGUACACAAGGCCAGAGAAGGUGUUAUGGAAUUCUUACUCGCCAACCACCCACUCGAUUGUCCCAUUUGUGACCAGGGAGGAGAAUGUGACCUCCAGGACCAGUCAAUGAGAUAUGGUGCUGACCGAGGAAGAUUCCAUGAAGUUGGAGGAAAGCGUGCUGUAGAGGAUAAAAAUAUCGGCCCUUUGAUCAAAACUUCCAUGAACAGAUGUAUCCACUGCACACGAUGCGUUCGUUUCGCCAAUGACGUGGCCGGUGCACCUGAAUUGGGAACUACUGGACGUGGAAACGACAUGCAGAUCGGGACCUAUCUCGAGAAGAACUUGGACUCUGAAUUGUCUGCCAAUGUUAUCGAUCUGUGUCCAGUCGGGGCAUUGACUUCCAAGCCAUAUGCCUUCCGCGCUAGACCUUGGGAGCUUAAGCAUACCGAGAGUAUUGACGUUCUCGAUGCCCUUGGUUCCAAUAUCACAAUCGAUACGCGGGGAAUGGAAGUUAUGCGUGUUCAGCCCAGGCUAAACGAUGACGUUAAUGAGGAAUGGAUCAACGACAAGACCAGAUUCGCAUGCGAUGGUCUCAAGACCCAGAGACUCACGACUCCUCUCAUCCGCCGGGAUAAUAAGUUCGUUCCUGCAACCUGGGAACAGGCCCUGACUGAAAUUGGGAAUGCGCACAAGUCUCUAGCCCCCAAGGGCAACGAAUUCAAAGCCGUUGCAGGUCACUUAAUUGAGACUGAAUCUCUCGUGGCCAUGAAGGAUCUCGCCAACAAGCUUGGAUCCGAAAACCUUGCGCUUGACCAAGCCGGUGGCAGCCAGCCAAUCGCCCACGGAGUUGAUGUUAGAUCUAACUACCUCUUCAACUCUAAGAUCUUCGGAAUCGAAGAAGCUGAUACCAUGCUCCUGGUCGGAACAAACCCCCGCCACGAAGCCGCCGUUCUCAAUGCCCGCAUCCGUAAACAAUUCCUCCGUUCUGACCUCGAAAUCGGCCUAGUCGGCGAGCCCUUUGAGAGCACCUUUGAAUUUGAACAUUUCGGAACUGAUGCUGCUGCCUUGAAGACUACCCUUGCUGGAGCAUUCGGAAAGAAACUCGCCGUUGCAAAGAGGCCCAUGAUAAUUGUUGGAAGUGCGGUAGCAGAACACCCUGAUGCCAAGGCUAUAUUCGAAACAAUUGGAUCUUUCAUUGAUAAGAAUGCCGCUACAUUCAUUACUCCAGAAUGGCAAGGAUACAAUGUUUUACAACGUGUUGCAUCUCGAGGCGGAGCUUACGAAGUUGGUUUCACCACCCCAUCCGCCGAAGUGGCCAAUACCACUCCCAAGAUGGUAUGGCUACUGGGAGCUGACGAGAUCAGUGAAGCCGAUAUCCCCAAGGGUGCGUUUGUCGUCUACCAGGGCCACCAUGGUGAUCGUGGAGCACAGCUCGCGGAUGUUGUACUUCCAGGUGCCGCCUACACUGAAAAAAGCGGGACUUAUGUUAACACUGAAGGCCGCGUCCAAAUGACCCGCGCCGCCACCUCUCUUGCUGGGGCCGCUAGAGAAGAUUGGAAGAUCAUCCGGGCAGUCAGCGAGUUCCUCGGUGCUCCAUUGCCAUAUGACGAUGUUGAAAUGCUCCGAGACCGUAUGGAAGAAGUCAGCCCAGCCCUUCGAAGAUAUGACAUCGUUGAACCAUCCUCUCUAGGCUCAUUGAGCAAGAUCCAAUUGGUAGACCAGAACCGAGGUAGCAAAGUAACUGGUACUCCCCUUAAGAAGCCGAUUGAAAACUUUUACUUCACAGAUGUUAUUUCCAGAAGUUCGACAACGAUGGCUAGAUGUUCUGCUGCCAAAGAAACCGGAAACCCAGAGACCAAUUUCAUGGCUCCUGGCGAGAGCUCGGCCACAGCCCAAGCUGUCCAGGGCUAA